CCUUUUAAUUUUUAACACACACACAUAUAUAUAUAUAUAUGCUCUCUGAAGAGCCUCAUCCACAAGACUACAACCCAAAAUUUCUUGUCCUUUCAAUGGCUAAGGUGCAUCCUCAGACACCCAAGUUCUUAUCUUACAUGACUUCAAGAAGAGAAACGUUUACCAUAUGGAUGAAAUCACUUGUAUUCCAUGGAAGUGGCUGCACAGUCUUUGAUUCGAAUGGUGAAAUUGUGUAUCGUAUCGAUAACUAUGGCAGAAAGUGUGUCAAUGAAGUCUGUCUCAUGGAUCUUCGAGGCAAAGUACUCUAUUCUAUACAACGAAAGAAACUACAAGUUUUUGGAUGUUGGGAUGGCUAUAAAUGGAUUGGCUCUAAAGCAAACAAGGAGAGACCAUGGUUUCAAGUUAGAAGAAACCGCAGAAUUUUCAGGGGAGACACAACUUGUUGCGUAACUUUGGGGAGUACUGAUGAAGCUAAAUCAAGCAGCUUUACAAUAGUGGCAUUGCCGGGCAGAUCAGCGUUUAAAAUUACAGACUACGAUGGCAGACUCGUUGCAGAGGUAAAGCAAAAGCAAUCAUCUUCAGGAGUUAUGUUUGGAGAGGAUGUAUUGACUCUAGUGGUGGAGCCCCAAAUAGACCAUUCCCUUAUUAUGGCUCUUGUGACUGUUUAUGGGUUGAUAAAUCAUAAAUUGUGAGUAAUCAACUCAACCACAAAGUCAUGAAAGGAUGCUCCAACAUGCAUGAACUUGUUCAGAAAAUUUUCUUCUCUCUUUAUUCAUUUAUUUAUUUAUUUAUUUUUUCCUUUUCCUUCUUUUUCUUUUUAGAGAACUUCCUUGAAACGCAAGUAGUGGAGUGAAAGUUUUGUUUUUGUUCAUAGGAGUAAAUAGGAGGAGGACAGGAAAAAGAAGGAUAAAGAAAAAAAGAUGUUAGUAUCCAUAUUCUUUUUCUUUUUAUUUUUGGGUGGGGGCAUCUAGGUCUCUUGAAAGGCUUUUGGGGCAUAAAGAAUUUUGUAAUUUUAUAUAAUAACUUUCCUGUAUAUGUAUGAAAAAUACCUAUUAUUGAGUAGAGUACACAACAAGAACACAGCUUAUUAUCA